ACAUUGACAUUUAUAGAAGGAAAUUGUGUCUACUUUUCUUGUUUUUCCUCUGAUAUUUGCCGUCCAAGCAAAUUUACCAUUAAGAAUAUUUUAAUGUAUUGACGUCUGUAAGUAGGUCACGCAAAUUGCUCGGAAAGUAUUAAAACAUAGAUUUCGCUAUGGCGAUGAAAUAAAACUAGUAAAAUGCACACGCUAUUUCAUAUUUGCUUGAACCAAGUUAAAUAUGUCUGACAUAAGGUAUUGACAGCUUUCCGGAAGAGGAAUAAGGUUUUAAUUUAAUUGUUGUUUGUUUCCUUCUGUCCAAAACGGAAUAACGAGUCUUAUUAGAAAAUGAUCAGGAAUCUUCGGCAAUGUGCAUGGCUCUUCGGAAAGCUUUAAACGACUCUCGGAGAUUGAUCGUCUACUCGGAAAAUUUCGGAGGAGUAAAAGACAAGAAAUACGUGUAUGCCUUAGUUCGAAUUUAUCGUCUGACAAGCCUCGCUUACACUGGAAAUCGGACUUUUUGUGCAGAAAUUUGUAAGGUUCGCAGACUUGCCUAAUAAUAUUCGGCAACGUUGCUUUGAAAAUAUAAAACCUGCCAAUUAGUGUCUGAAUUUCACUAUUUAUAUCUGGGCUAGGUUGAAAAAUAUUCUUAUCGUGUAAGUAAUAACUGAGUAAAUUCUGUAAAUGGAACAUUGCCGGAACCGAUCUUUGUUCUAGACAAAUAAACGUAGGUCGAGGAAGCUUUCUCUUAUACAAUUGCAGAAAAAUCAGUCAACAAUAAAGGAAAUGCAGUUCAAAAACUAAUGGGACAGAAAUCUUGAGAUUUUUUUCGCGAUAUACAUAUUGAUUUAAUUGAAAUUUUCUAUCUCAUGUCAAUAAAAGCAUAAAACACGACAGCACAAAUGUCUACUUUUUACUUUUAGUAAUUACAAAAAUGGUUUGGUAAUUUUGGGCUUAGCAAGAGUCUGUUCUUGAUUGAGAAAAAGAAGGUCUCACCCUGCUGGAAUUUUCAUGCCUUUUAUAUUUUAUCAAUGCGGAAUCUAACAAUAAGUACAAUAAAUAUUCCUUUGUUCAGAAAGCACAAAAGGCUCUAAAAUGAAAUUUAAUUUUGCUCAUAGGAAGUGGGCUUGAAUAUAGACAUCUGGAUAAUUUUUUAUAUUGAUUUCUUGACGUGACAUUUUGAGAACUGACAAUUGAAAUUGUUCAAAAGGAAAAAUCCUGCUGGUUUGAUUCAACCCUCAAAUAAUGACGAACUUUACACGAGAUAUCCGCCUAUAGAUAAUUGCAUUCGAUAGCCCAGAUGUGAUCUUUCUCAGUGCCUGGUCAGACAGACAUUAGAGAGAAAUAUAUCACGACAAUAACUCAAAAGCCUUUAGUGUUAUAACAAUUUUUCUUUCUAAUUUUUAGCCUUGUAUGAAAUUUCCGAAAAAUAUAGAUUUUUAAUUCCAGCAUUUUUAGUUCCGAUUUUUAAAUUACGAAGUCAACGUUGAUCAGCGUAAAUGCCAGCGUUGAAGUUGCAAUGUAUUUUCCUGAUUACUGCAACUCAGCUGACGAUUGCGGAUUUCUCUUCCUGCAUCCCUGAAGAGUAUCGUGGAGUUAGACGGGAAAUUUGGAGAGGGCUCAGUGGAGGUUGGUUCCUAACGCAUCUGACGUCAGACCCAAGAUUUCCCAACUCUCCAACAACAGUACAAACCAUCCCCACGUUCACACCGCCGAAAAACGGCGACAAGUUUUAUGGGCAGAGACUGCAAGCUUACUUUAUUCCUCCCAAGAGUGGAAACUACGGCUUCCACGCCACCUGUGACUCUGAGUGUGCAUUCUAUUUAAGCGUUGACGAGAAGCCUGGGAACAAGAAAGAACUCAUCCGGAUUGAUCAGCAGCACCGGACUGGGUACGACCAGUGGGACAGAUAUCCAGAUCAAACAUCUUGUUUUCAACAACUGGAGCGGGGAAAGUUGUAUUACAUAGAGGCCUUACACUGUAACUACGUUGAAAAUGAUCACGUGCGUAUUCACGUCAAAUUUCCCGGAUCAAACACUACAAAGUCAUUGGACCAAAAAUACUUGUUUCUUUAUUCGCCAGGCUCCUCGGUCCAGACCACUUGUGUUCUACUAAGACGCUGUGGCGUCACUUGUGGCGGGGGACUGAAAACACUUAUCACUACAAAAGAGGACCCUAUUAAUGGCGCAUGCGUCGAGCAUGAAGGCACAAACAAGGAAGCUCCCUCUUUAUAUGUGGAUGCCUACAAUGUAACAACUUCGACAGCAGUGAUAAGAUGGCAACCACUCAAAAGAACUGAAUCUGUGUUUGAUUUCACUGGGUACAGAGUCAACCUUAAGUCCGAGAGAGACACCAGUCGAGUAACACUGGUGAACACAAACGUCAGCUCAAUGUUUUUUGAUGGUUUACACACAUUCACUAACUACUGUGUGACGGUGGAACCGUUAACUGUUUUGGCAAGCACUUGGGCAGAAGACUGCCAUGAAUUUGUUACAGAGGAUGAUGUUCCAGACCUGCCACCGCAGAAUAUCAGUGUAGAAACCACAGACCAUUUUGCUAUCACCGUGAGAUGGAAACCGAUUCCGGAUCAAAAGCAGAACGGUAUUGUCCUCGGAUUCAGGCUGACGUUCAGGACUAUGAGCGCAAUUGGCCAUUUAAAAGAGCCACGUGAUAUAGACUCUGACCAAUGGCAACGCUUCGCAAUUGUAGUGGACGACAAUGUGUAUUUUGUAGUCCAAGACGUAAUACCUUUUACGUGGUAUUGCAUCAGGAUGUUGGGAUUCACAAGAAAAGGAGAUGGACCAGAAAGCUCGUGUGAAUUUAUACUCACAGAGGAAGGUGUCCCCAGCCGAGCGCCGGUUAACAUAUUAACCUCACCGAUAAAUUCCACGUCAUUCUCUGUUACCUGGCAACCAGUACCUCUAGAUCACGUGAAUGGGAUUGUUAUUGGAUACAAGAUAUUACUUGAAAACAUGGAUGACGCAACAGAGGUGUCAGUUGAGACUGCGCACGUCAAUCAGACUAUGACAGUGCUGAGGGAAUCAGAGGCGGCCUCAAGAUUCUGUGUGAGACUUCUGGCGUUCACAAGCAAGGGAGAUGGAAAGAGGAGUGACUGUAUUGAGGGGUGGACUUGGUCUGAGAAAACUUUGUUUCCUAAAAUGAAAGCCAUCAAUCACGGCAGCCCAACCGACAUCACAAUCACAUGGGACAAACCACGUGACGGGGUCUUGAAACAAUUAACGCAUUAUCACGUGACUUACGAACCAAUCAGCAUGGCUGGCCAAAAUGUCACCAACUCGUCCCAGUAUUCCGUGAACGUGAGCGCAACGUCGCAACAUGUGUCAUUGAAAGAUCUGGCGACAUACAGUACUUAUGAGAUUACUGUGAAACCUGUUAUGAAAGAUGACAAGAUGGAAAACAAGAAAGUCAUUUUCGCAAAAACUUGUCGCUGUCCACACCUUAUGUUUGCCAACUGGGUUCCCAGUCCCCCAUACGUCAUCCAAGGCCGCAGUAAGCCUCGUGGUCUAAUCCCAGAACUCCUCGCGCACAUGCUUCAAGAAUCUUGUGGCACGUGUUACAACUACAAGACGUGGAACAUAAGUUACACCGUCAACACAACGGAAAGCAUCAAAGAACCCGAUCUCCGCUUUAAGGCUGACUUCCGUUUCCCAGUCAGGUCAGCAAUUGGAAAGACAACCUACAGGGGCUUCCACCCUUAUGUCCCACUCAUAACCGUGCCUGGCGUGGCCUUGAUGACGAGGAAGAAGACACCUUCAGGAUAUGCCCGAGAUGUGGGGCAUUCUGUGUUGGCGGGCUGGCCCAUCUUUGCAGUUAGCAUAGUGUUGGCGGUCUUAAUUGGGGUUGUCAUUUGGUUUGCGGAAUCUGAAUCUAAUGGUCAGCAAUUCAACACCUAUCGGUUUCAUAAAGGAGUAGUGGAAGGCAUUUGGUGGUCAUUUGUUACCAUGACAACAGUGGGGUAUGGAGACAGAUACCCGAAGACAAUUCUGGGUCGUUCAAUCGCCAUUUUGUGGUUUUUGACCGGGAUAGUGUUGUCCUCUCUUCUCAUAAGCACCAUCACUUCCUCCAUGUCUGUGCGCAUUCUCGACAAGCAAUUGCAUGUAGCCCGAGGAAAGAAGGUGGGAUCACUCGCUCAGUAUCCGGAAUAUGACCUUCUCAUCAGAUUUAUAUCCAAAGCAGGAGACAGCAGCAUCUUCCCCACCCUUGAGAGGCUUGUUAAUGCCUUAAGGUAUGGCGAAGUUGAUGGAAUCUUAGUGGAUCUAUACACAGCACAUUACAGGAAUGACCUGUUUAACGUCACCUGGAUAGUGGUCAGUCAAAUAAUUCCCUUUGAAUUCACCUCUGGGGUGGUGGUCAGCGGCAAUGCAGCAAAGCUUAAACAGCAUUUUCGGGAUUACAUCGGGAACAAGAGCACCGUGGUUGUCACGGAAAUACUGCAGAAAACAAACCAAGACAACAACAAGGAGAUCCCAAACCAAAAUAUACAAUCUAUACAAUCAAACAAGAUACCUCUCCUGGAUCCAAGCACAGCUAUCUAUCGCGUGACUAUCUUUGUAUUGCUGGCUCUUCUCUGCGUGGCUGUAUUUAUGGGCAUGGUCUAUCACUCGUGGUAUAAAGGAAUGCAGAAACGUAGAUACGAGAUCCAAGUGACAACGAGAAGACACACAAAGGAAUACAUCAAGGCGAAAUUAGAACUACAGCAAAUAGUAGAGGAGUUUUAUCAACGAUUUACGUUAACGUAUCAACAACUGCGACUUAAACAUCGCAAACAACUUGAACGUUUUAAAAUGACUGAGACAAGAAACGGAAAAAUUCUUAAACACAUGAAUGGAACCUGGGUCUAGCUAACCUUUUGAAAACAGAGGCUAUGAGCGCCAAGGAGAGGCCAUGUGCGCCAAAAAGAGGCUAUGAGUUCCGUCAUUAGUUUAUUGGAAUAGACCUCGAGCUUGGUCAGCGUACAGGAUGUGUCCCGCGAUUUGCAAGACCAGAGGUGGCAUAAGAUUUGAAGAAGAAAAGUAACCGUACGCAAUCUGAAACUUUAACUUAUAACAGCAGGUUGUAGAAGGCCAUGGUAAUUUUCGUCAUUAUGUAAUUCGCAAUCUACGCUGACCCACAGUAGGUCAAAAACUCUUCCUCCAGUCUUAAGAAAUACCCUCAGUUUUACAAAAAUGAAUCUCUUCCGCUCGAACUUACGCCGAGCUUCGCGUUUCUCGAUAUUCUGGUAACUUGAAACCAAUGAAAAUUAAUGCUUGAGCAAAAUAGCAUUGUCUUGAACUUCUUCAUCUUGCUUUUAUCUUAAGCUUUGCAUGAGUCAGUUUCUAAAUUACUGGUGAAUUCUGAUCUGGCAACCUCGUUUUACCUAAAAGUUAAGGCCCCACCAAAUGGUAACGCCAAUCCUGAAAACUUGGAUUGUAUCAGAGGUUCGCAUUGGUCGGCAGGAUAUACAGCAUUCUAGACGUCCAGUCUAUGGGGGUUUCAAAUGCAAAACACCUACCAUGGUUACAUAUGUCUUUUGAGCAGGGCGGGAGGGUCAUAUCGAAAGAAUGGGGGGGCUUAAGCAAAGUGCAACGGCAGUGGCAAGGAGAACGUCAGCAAACAAAAGGUCUAACAAGUGGAACAAUGGCUGUGCAAGUGAGUUAUAAAUCUUUGUGUACGCAUUUCUCAGUCGUCCUCUGCUAAACAAGUUACAAAUAUAACUUACAGUACUGGCGUAGUCACGUUAACAAACGCUUCCCGUUACUAAGACGCGAUAACCUACCUAAAAUGUUCAUUAUACAGUAGAUCUGGUCUCUGUGGACAACGGCUAACUUCGAUCUGGGCAUUUUCUCCUCUAAAUGCCCUAAUUAUGUAACUCGGUACAAAACAUGGAAUCGAUAGCUUUUGUAAAUGCCCAGACUUUCCGGCGCCAGUACAUCUCUCAAAUAGUAGCAUACUUAGAUGUAUUUGACUAGGGUAAGCCACUAAACUAAAUAAUGAAAAGAAUCUGUGAAGCCAAAAAUGACGAAUUCUUAAUCAAUAUAUAAGUUUGAACCCACAAAGACUAGCCAGGGAAUUUAUAAAGAUCAACAACAAGUUUUCAUUUUUAGACCAAGAGACUACAAUAACUUUUACCAAUUCACGGUUCUUUAGUUGUUUAAGUUGUUAGCUUAGUAAAAGACACAACGUGACCACUUGAAACCACUUAAAAACAAAGGAACCAGUCCACAUUAAUGGCAAUUAAAGCUAAAAGGUGACAUCCUGAGCAAACAAUUUCUCCAACAACUUAAAAAGUUUUAUCGAAAUGUUGCUCAGACAUAUGACACUCAAUGUUAAAGGGAAUAACAAGGGAUCACAGAAGAACACUUAACAGUAAGAGAAAUAAUGUUUAAUAUUUAAAGAAGCAGCUCGUCAAAAAAGAGAAAAAUUGAUUACUGGACAGAAAUAACACUAGACAAGAAGAAUGAUACAAUGGGGAAAAAACAGCUGAAAAUUAGGAAACAUGCUGUUAAAACUUAUUUUACAACAUCUCAGACUUCCUUAGAUUAGUAGGACUCAGUAACAGUACAUAGUUGAAUUUAGUUUGGCUGUCUUUCUGAGGAAAAAAGCUAAAAAGCUGGAAAUUAUUACUUGCUGCAUCAGCGUUAACCCACGUAAGAUAAGUUCGCAAAAAUGUAAAGAUGAACAAUAACAACGAUCAAAACUGCAUACUACAUUUGUCAGUA